AUGGCGGAGGGGGGCCAGAAGAGGACUCCCCUUUACCGGAGCGUCUCCUUCCAGCGCUUGGCCAAGUGGACCGGGCCGGCCCAGCCCGACGGAGGAGGAGGAGAAGGCGACCCUCGGGGGGAGCCUCCAGCGCCGCCGCCUCGCCAGCCUCCCCCGCCCAGCGCCGACAACCCACCGCCGCCGGAGCCCAUCGGGCGGCGAUCGCCCGGCCGCGCCGCUUCCUUCAGCGUCUCCUCCCGCCCAGCAGCAGCAGCAGCAGCCGCCGCCGAGCCGGCCGGCCGCGCCCUGCGGAGCCUCUCGCCCUCCGUGCGCCAACUUUCCCAGCGCUUCUGCCGCCGAGACCAAGCGCCCGCCGGCCGCGGAAGAGCCACCUGCGGCCGGCCGGGCGAGGCUCCGGCGCCGGACUGGCCCAGCGUGACGGAGAUGCGCAAACUUUUCGGCGAGAGUUUUCGGCGGCAGCAACAGCAGCAGCUCCAGGCGGCCGAGCGAGGACGGGGCGUCCCGGGCGAGGACGGCUCCUGCCAGCGGAGCCAAGCGGGGCCGCCGCCGCCGCCGUGCUCCGACUUCCCGGCGGCUGCGCUCCUGCUUCCCGACGACGGCGGCGGCGGCCCGGCUCUGGAUGGGCCCUGCUGGGCCGAAGAAGAGCGCCGGGGCGUCCCUCCGCCGCCGCCGCCCCGCAGCUGCAUCCCUUUCGCGGGGCUCCGGCCGCCUCGGGGCCCACCGCCUCAGCUGGGGGAUACUUCGCAUUCCUGGCAUAGUUCGGCCUCCACCACCGCCGCCGCCGCCGCCUCGCCGGCCCCCUGCCCGGCCUGGGGAGGCUGGGUCCCCCCGGAGAUCUCCAGCAGCAGCGAGGACGAGUGGAGGCCUUUGGGGCCCAGGCCGGGCGGGAAGAGCCCCCCAAGGCCCUCCUCAGGCAGCGAGGAAGAGGAGGAGGAGGAGGAGGCCGGGCGCCGUCGAGGGAGGAAGAAGAAGGGGGAAACUGAGGCCCAGGAGGAGGCCAAGGUGGUGCCCGGCAUGGAGUGGCACCUCAAGGCCCAGCUGGACCUUUCUGGGGGUCUCCUGGCCCCUCAGGAGGAGGAGAGGACUACCCCAGGGGCCUCCGAGGGACCCAGGCCGCUUUUGGGGCUCACCCCUGCCCCCCUUUCCUCGGGGCCCGCCCUGCCUCUGGUGUCCCGCGUCUCCAAAGUCAACCUGCCCCCCUUUGCGUCCAGCCCGGCUGGGUCCCGAAGUAGCAGCAGAUACUCCAGCACGGAGACCUUGAAGGAGGACGAGCAGCCGGGGGUCUCCUGGGCCCUCGGCUUGGGUCGGACCCCCAGUUUUAGCCCGAGCGACAGCCCGGCUCGGUUGCAGACCCCCAUCCGGGCCCGGCAGAAGCUGCCGCUGGGCUCGGCGAGAUCCAAGCAGGAGUUGUCGUCCUUUGAGAGUUGGCUGCCUGGCGGCCUGGAACCCGCGGCCAGAGCCAAGCACCAGAAGUCCAUGUCGAAUCCGGACAUCGCCAGCGAGACCUUGGCCCUGCUCAGCUUCCUGAAAUCGGACCUGUCCGAGCUGAAGGCCAAGAAAAGGGGCAGUCGGUUGAGCGACCACGAAGACCCGGCCUUCGGCGGCAGCAACAACGGCGAUGCGGUCCACAGAGACGGACAUUAUCCCCAAGGAGGAGCCGAACCCCCGUCGGUGGGGAGAUCCCAAGGCGAGGCUCAGCCCCCCAACCGUUGGGUAUUGGGCCAGCGCCCAACGCUGAAGGACCUCACGGCGACCCUGAGACGGGCCAAAUCCUUCACGUACUCGGACAAACCGGCCUCCCGCCGCCUGUGCCUGCAGAACGCCAUGAAGUCCAGCUCUUCGGAGCUCCUGCUGGCCACUCGCUUUGACCACAACGGUGUGGUUUCCGACAGCCGGGAAGAGGAGGUGCUCCCUGUAAUCAUCCAAGAUCAGUACAUCCAAGAGGCCCGGCAGGUUUUCGAGAAGAUAAGUAAGAUGGGCUCAGGACACGACUAUAAUUUCAGCUCGGAGUCCAAGGAAAGGGGGAAGGGCGGCACGGAGGAGGGAGAGGAGGCCCCGAGAGAGGGAGGAAGCGGCGGUCAGUGCUUGGAGAAAGCUGGCUCUGAAGGAGAAGAAGAAGGUCCUGAGUCCAGCAUGACCGAUGAAGGAAUUGUGACCGAGCCAGAGACGUCUCCUGCCUACAGCUAUCUUGAUCCCUCUGUCGCUGCGUGGAAGUUGGCCAACCGAAGAGGAACGGAGGCCUCCUCUCUUGAGAAGCUUCUCCCAAACCAUCUAGCCCAAGGGAACGAGAACGUCGCCGCUGUGGACGAGGUGCUCCCCAAUCCUAAGACGCUGUCCCAGGGCUUGUCGGAGACCCCCCUGACUCCUAGCGCCCUCCGCCGCCGCCGCAAGUUCCCAUCCUUGGGAACCAACGGUUCCGAAUCCAGCAACGGGAGCAGUGGGGAGUCGAGCGGGGAGUCCUACCGCUCUCUCAGCGACCCCAUGCCCCACCGGAGGUGCUCCAUCACCGAGGACUCCAAGAACUUCUCCGUGGAUAGCAACCUCCUGGGCUCCUUGAAUUCCAAGCCAGGUAUCUUGGAUGCUUCGGCCGCCACGUUGUCCGACUGUACGGGCAGCGCCGCCAGCGACCUCUCCGUCUGCAGCGACGGCCUGAAGGAUUAUAACACCGUGAUCCAGAACAUCGUCAGCCAGCCCGGCGCCCUGGACAAGGUGAUUGACGAGAAGGGCAACGGGAAGCCCAUCAAGAAGAAGUCCUUCAGCGACCCCAGCCGCCGCGGCGAGCAUGCCGGCCCGGGCUUCAUGGGCGCCGGGGAACCCAUCAGCGAGACAGAGCAGAAUAUCCUUCCGUCCAGCAGCGAGCCCAUCCUUUCGGAGCAGCGGGCCCAGUCCACGGAGCAGGAAGUGCGCCGGUUGUCCUCCCAGUCGGAGCAAACCCUGCCGACGCCACCGGAAGACGACGAGGUCCCUCAAGCCUUCAGCUUCGAUCCCAAGCUGGCUGAAGUCCUCUCUCCCAGGAUAGUUCGGCGUAAUUCCAAGAAGCGCAGCGACCGGGUGAAUAAUCAGGAGAGCAGGAAGGAAGAGACGGCACUGUCUUCCGUGGUGCCCACCACGCUGGGCAGAGCAAGGCCGGGCUCCAAGCAUGUGCGCCACACCAGCGAACCGGCUACCUUCCUCCGCCACUCCGAUGCCCACCUGCCUAGCUUGCUCUAUCAGAACGCCCACCCUGCCAUCCAGGAGCUCCCGCACCUGCCGACCAAGCCUUCUCCAAGUCUUCAGGCCCCAUCCUUGGAGGAUGUCACCAAACAAUACAUGUUGACUCUCAGUUCCGGGGAGACCCUCCCCAACAGCCCUGUGGAUACCCCCAGAUCGUCCCCUUCCACGCCGACCACCACGGAGCCCAAGCUGCCCAGAUGCCCCAAACACCACGGAGAGAUCAUUGCCAGUAGCGCCAGGGCGAAGCCACAAGUGGAUAUGCGGAAACAUGUCACCAUGACCCUGUUGGACACGGAGCAGUCCUAUGUGGAGUCCCUCCGUACCUUGAUGCAG